GUGAGUCACAUAUCGAAUCACAGCAUGUUGGCAAUCCUGCGGGUUAUCCGACGUGGUACUGUACAAGUGGCAUUGUAUCCCGGAGCUCAGGUUACCCAGUAUCCAAGGCCGCUACUUUCGGAGGUUCCAGCCAGUGUUCAAACGUUCAGGAGGCAUGCCCUUAUAUAGGUAACUUGAAGCUGAGGGCAGGAGCUUCGAAGCGGGCCUAGGCUCUAGGAACGGAUAAAGGACAACCUAUAUCAAGACCGGGAGGCGAUGAACAAACUCGACCGUGAGGUUUUGGGGCCGGAUCGAUGAUGACGGCCUCACCUUGGGCCGUUGACCACAAUCCACGCUUCGAUAUUCAGUACAGGAAGUAACUUUACCUGAACACCCAUCGUUGUUCGGCCAGCCAUGGAGUACUUCGACCAAUCCCUCCUCCCCAUCCCCCCGAUGCCCUCCUUUCUCCAUGAGGCCUCUUCCGUCAAUCCCUCAGAAGACAAGAUGGAUUCUGUUCUCCAAGAACCGACACCGAUUGGUUCCCCGACUUCGGAGACGGUGACAGUCUCAGUCUCCACAGCCUUCCACCCCGCCUCCCAUUCCGACGUCUACAUUCCAGACCUCAUUAUCAGGUCAUCUGAUCGGGUUUUCUUCCACGUCCACCGCGACCAUCUUAUCAGAGCCUCAACAAACAGUUUUAAUUACCUGGUGUCCACUUCCGACUCAGCUUCUGCACCGGGAUCAGCUCCGGUAGUACCUCUACCAGAAACUUCGGAUGUUAUCAAUGUUGUGUUUCACGUCAUCUAUAAACAAUCAUGCAGUCAGUAUAACCCAUCCCUGGCCGUUCUCAUCGCAUCAAUCAUGACUCUGAAGAAAUAUGGCAUUUCUUUGGGCGAACACAUCAACCCUACCGCCCCGCUAUUCCCCAUUCUUCUCACACAAGCCCCGAUGCACGCAAUUGAGUUAUAUAUGGUCGCCGCUGAAAAUGACCUGCGCGAUUUGGCAGUGGCCGUUUCUCCUCAUUUGCUGUCGUUUCAUCUACCAACUGUCAACGAUGAAAUGGCCGCUCGAAUGGGUCCCAUAUACCUGAAGAAGCUUUUUUUCCUUCACAUCAAUCGGACCCAUAUAUUGCAAGAACUCAUGCUUACGCCACCUGUUUCACAUCCGCCGACCUUCGACUGCGGCAUCGAUCAGCAGCAACGAACAACGAGAGCCUGGGCACUGUCGUGUGCUAGCCUUGCAUGGGAUGCUCGACCCGACUUAUCACCGACUAGGAUGCAAAACGUUCUAGGCACCAUGGAGAGCCAACUCACUUGCGAACUCUGUAGAGCUUCAGUGGAUGCCCGGAUACAACAGCUCAUGUCUGAAUGGGCACUCGCACAGAGGCGUAUCUGAGCUGAUCUCGGAUGAUAAUUAGUUUGAACAGGAGGCCCAUAAUGUGCAAUAUACCGAGCUCUGAUCUUUGCAAGGAUAUACACGACGAAUAUCAAAGGUUAUCAUUCACUCUAAUUAUACACGCAUUCCAUUCUAUCUUUUACUUACUUCCAGCACAAACAUGUUCAUAUAUACACGUUUUGGAGGCAUAAAGCUCGUUGAUACUAGCACCUAUAAUAUGUUCAAUCGUUUGUUACGAUAUACAUAACAACCUGACUGAGCAUAAAGAAUCGGCCAGUUCGACUUGUUUUCCAUUAGCGUUUGUC